CAUGCGCUUUAAUUCAGGGAAAGCAAGGCAGAGCUGCUGCCGCCGCCACUGCUAUAGGUACAAAGCUGUUCUGAGAAAAAUAAAAGAACAACAAUUCCUUUAAAGUUUCACCUCAUAGUAUUUAAAUAACACAAAGACAAGGAGAGUCGCAAAGAACAAAUGUGUGGGGUCUGUCCCUGGUGGAAGAGUGGAGGAAAGAGAAACAACAAAGAAGCCGGAAAAAGUGGCAUAAGAUUCUAUUUUGGGAUGGGAUGCACAAAGGCCACAGUGAUUAUUAAAUAGCAAUUGCCUGCAACCACCCUGUCCGCUUCACAAGCCUUCACCUACACCCUUGAAACCCGAGUUGAUGGUGAGGCCUUUGGAGCAGUCAUAGUAUGAUAAUUCAGUUGUUGGCAAAAAGUUGGUCAACUUCUGAAAUUUAAAGGGCAUCACCACAGCGUGUCAGGUGGACAAGCUGGCGAUGUCAAGGGUGUCAACCCCUCCCCCACCUGGAGAGAUGUCCAGUGGGCCUGUGGCUGAAAGCUGGUGUUACACACAGGUAAAAGUAGUCAAAUUUUCUUAUAUGUGGACCAUAAACAACUUCAGUUUUUGUCGGGAAGAGAUGGGAGAGGUUCUAAAGAGUUCAACAUUUUCUUCUGGGCCUAAUGAUAAAAUGAAAUGGUGCCUGAGAGUAAACCCAAAGGGAUUGGAUGAUGAGAGCAAAGACUAUUUAUCAUUAUAUUUAUUGCUAGUUAGUUGUCCAAAAAGUGAAGUAAGAGCAAAGUUUAAGUUCUCUUUGCUGAAUGCCAAGAGAGAAGAAACAAAAGCUAUGGAAAGCCAAAGAGCGUAUCGAUUUGUCCAGGGCAAAGACUGGGGGUUCAAAAAAUUUAUUAGGAGAGAUUUUCUGCUUGAUGAAACAAAUGGCCUUUUACCAGAUGACAAGCUUACAUUGUUUUGUGAGGUAAGCGUAGUCCAAGACUCUGUUAAUAUUUCUGGCCAGUCAAAUAUGAACAUGUUAAAAGUUCCAGAGUGUCGGUUAUCAGAUGAUUUAGGGAAUCUUUGGGAAGGUUCACGAUUUACAGACUGCAGCCUUUAUGUAGGAGGGCAGGAGUUCAAAGCACACAAAUCCAUUUUAGCAGCUCGAUCUCCUGUUUUUAAUGCAAUGUUUGAACACGAAAUGGAAGAAAGUAAAAAGAACCGUGUAGAAAUAAAUGACAUUGACUCAGAUGUGUUUAAGGAGAUGAUGAGAUUCAUUUACACAGGGAAGGCACCAAAUCUUGAGAAAAUGGCUGACAACUUGUUGGCUGCUGCAGAUAAAUAUGCGUUGGAACGUCUGAAGGUUAUGUGUGAAGAAGCUUUGUGUAGCAACCUCUCAGUCGAAAAUGUUGCUGAUAUCCUCAUUCUAGCCGAUCUACACAGUGCAGAACAGCUCAAAGCACAAGCAAUAGACUUCAUCAACAGGUGCAGUGUCCUUAGACAGCUUGGCUGCAAAGAUGGAAAAAACUGGAAUAGCAACCAUGCAACAGACAUAAUGGAAACUGCAGGCUGGAAAUCGAUGAUCCACUCCCAUCCUCAUUUAGUAGCAGAGGCCUUUCGAGCACUAGCAUCUGCACAGUGUCCACCUUUUGGCAUUCCACGCAAGCGGCUAAAACCAUCCUAACUGCUAAAAAGAACAUUAGAGACUAUUAAAAAUUGACUUUGAAGCAUCUUAGGUAUGUUUCUGGCCUUGUGAACCUCAUAAAAAGGAUGGACAUUUUCUGGUCGGUUGCAGUAAUCUUUGUACUUUGAACACUGGCUCAACUUCACUUCAACCGAUGGAUCAGUUCAGUUUUGGUCUUCAGCUUUAAAUUAGUUUACAUGCAAUGUUUGCCAUCAUUUUAUAUGGCCUUAAACAAUCUGCUAUUGCUCCAAGAGUUUCUGUUGUGUUGAUUAACUGUGUGCCUGCGGCCUUUUCACUGAGACAAGGCUUUGUCAGAUUGCACUAGCUCCCAUAAUGCAGUAAAUUUAUAAAGUUGUACUUUAAAAAAAGCUUUUAUUAAAUUGUUGAGAAAG